AUAAGCCCUGUGGACACCCUGGAGAUAUUGAGUUUGGUUCCUUUGAACUUACCAGUGGAAGUGAAUUUGUAUUUGGUGCCAGAGUUGAGUACAGAUGUAAUGAUGGAUACCGGAUGCUCAGCCAAAGAAAUUACCGUGAGUGUCAGGCAGAUGGAUGGAGCAAUGACAUCCCUCACUGUGAAGUGGCAAAGUGUUUACCUGCACAAGCACCAGAAAAUGGAAGAAUAGUUAUGACUGGUACAUUUGAGCUAGGCCGAGAAUAUUCCUUUGGCCAGGUUAUAAAUUUUGAAUGUAAUGCAAAAUACCGGCUUGUUGGAUCUAAAGAAAUAAUUUGCUCUUCUAAUGGAGAAUGGAGUAGUAAUGUGCCUCAGUGCCAAGAGAUUAUCUGUGAUCUGCCAGAAAUUGAGCAUGGAUAUGUACGUGCUCCAAAGGCGUCUUACAAGGAAUCUGAACAGCUACGGUUUGCCUGUGAUGAAGGAUACAGAUAUGGUGAAAGAGCAGAUAUACAAUGUACUGAAGCAGGAUGGAAUCCGAUCCCCUAUUGCACUGAAAUUGUAUGCUCUCCUCCAAGGAUUCCCAAUGGGAACUUCAGACCUCAAGAAGACAGCUACAUAGAAGGUGAUACAAUCAGAGUACAGUGUAAUCCUGGAUAUACUUUUAAAGCAUUGACUGGUGAAAGCACAUCUAAAUGCACCAAGAAUGGCUGGGUGCCUGAUCCAAGUUGUAUCCAGAAACCGUGUGACUACCCAAUUAUAGAAAACGGCAAGUUAAGUGGAGCGCUGGAAUACAACAGACACUCUUACUUUCCAAUGGGGUUUGGGCAGCAUGCUGAUUACUACUGCAAUUACGGUUAUUCAACCCCGAAUGGAGAAUACUGGGUUCGAAUGUUCUGUACAAAAAGGGGCUGGUCUCCAGAGCCAAAAUGCCUCAAAAAAUGUCUUGUCAGAAGUCUGGAAAAUGGUUAUUUCACACGUAGCCAGAAGAAUGUUUACAAGGAAGGUGAAAGAGCUAAAUAUGUUUGCAACGAUGACUUUCAUACUGAACAUGAAGGUGGAGAAGUCACAUGUACAAAGGAUGACUGGUCACCUCCUCCAAGAUGUAUCCGUGAAAAAAAAUGCCAGAAUAUCAAUUUUGACAAUGGUUAUUUCACCGUGGAAAAGAAAACAUUCCGUUUAUGGGACAAGGUCAGCUAUCGUUGUCAUUCUGGCUUUGUAACUCCGGAAGGACAAGAAACAGGAGUGAUACAGUGUAAAGAGAAUGGUUGGACUCCACCUCCAAUGUGCAUCCAAUCAUGUGAAAUGCCUCAUUUGGACAUUUUGAAUUACCAUGCAAAUAAAACUACAUUCAUGCCUGAAGAUACAAUUGAGUAUGCAUGUUUGGAAGGAUAUGGAACUACAAAUAAUAUGCCAACUGGUACCUCAGUGUGUGGCAUAAACGGUGAAUGGAGUCCAACACCCCAGUGCCUUGCAAUAGAAUGUGAAAUGCUGACAUUGCCCAAUGGAGAUUUUUUCCCCAAGGAGGGUAAAUACCGCAAUGGAGAUGUUGUGAAAUUUACCUGUGCAAACGGUUACGUAAGAGUGGGACCUGCCUCUACUCAGUGCUAUUACUUUGGAUGGUUUCCAUCAGCACCAGUGUGUAAAGGGAACGUGCGUGGCUGUGGACCCCCACCUGAGAUUAGCAAUGGAAUUAUUUCUGGUGGCUCUGUGGAACGGUAUCAGCAUGGGGACAGAAAGCAAUAUGAAUGCAACAUGGAAUUUAAAUUGGUUGGAUCAAAGGAAAUAGAAUGUGUUGAUGGACAGUGGUCAUCUCCUCCCUCUUGCAUUGAAGACAAAAUGCCAUGUGGAUCGCCUUCCUCUAUUCCGAAUCUUGUUCUUCAUCAGGAAGACCAGACCCAGUUUUUGCAUGGGGCUGAAGUAGUUUGUGGAUGUAAAACAGUCUCUGGCAAUUCCAAGGAAAUGAAAAUAAAAUGUCUUAAUGGGGAAUGGAAGCCUUUACCUCUUUGUCCUGAUCCAUCUCCUCAGUGUGUACUUCCUAUGCAUGUUGAGCUUGUGCGCCAGGGUCGUGUUUUCAAGCCGAAAAAGGAGACUAAGUUCCGUGGAGUUAUACAUUAUAUAUGUACAUCAGCCGACAAAAGUACUAAACAGGCAACUUGCGUGUCUGGAAAAUGGUCACCAGAGAUUGAAUGCACAGAUGAGGAGAGUACAUGCCCACCUCCGCCUCAGGUGCCUAAUGCUCAACAGAUAGCAGUUGGAAGAAAUUACAGGCAUGGGAGUAAAGUGACUUUUUCAUGUCUGAAGGGUUUCCAGCUCGUCGGUGUGAAGGAAAUAACAUGUAUAGAAGGGAAAUGGCAAUCACCACCUUACUGUGUGGAAAGACCAUGUUUGCCACCACAACCUGUAGAAUGUGCUGAUGUUCCCAGGCUGGAAAAUCAAAACUUAAAAAUUCAAAAAGAAGGGAAAACAAUUUAUCUGGCUGGUGCUAGAUUUAAGUAUGUUUCUCAUUCUGGAUACAUGUUAGCUGGACCAUCAAAUAUAACUUGUUCUAUGGGAAACUGGACUUCAGCUCCUACAUGCUUGGAAAUGCCGUGUGGAAGUAUUAUGAAAGUUGCCAAUGCUCAAAUUGAAGGCAGAAAAAAGGAAAUUUAUGAGCCUGGUGAAACAGUUCGCUACCAGUGUGAUGCAGGGUUCCUGAUUGUUGGUCCCCCUGAAAUUAUUUGCAGAGAAGGAAAUUGGACAGCACCGCCCUUCUGUGAUGAUGUUAGCUGUGGAGCCGCACCUGAAAUUCCCAACGCUUAUAUUACAAGCACUCAACAGGAGAGGUAUCUGCCUGGUGCCAGAGUGCAGUAUGAAUGUGAAAGCAAUUUUCAAAUGAUGGGUGGAAAUUACGUCACUUGUGCAAAUGGAGAAUGGUCAAAAGCACCAACUUGCAGAGAUGUGACGUGUGAACCUCCUCCAGAAAUCGCUGGUGGUAAAGUUCAAGGUGUUAAAAAGUCAAGGUAUUUGCCUGGGCAGAGUGCUAGCUACCAAUGCUGGCAAGGUUUUCAGAUGACUGGGCCGUCCACUGUAGUGUGUCAGAAUGGGACCUGGACAGAGCUGCCUAAAUGCAAAGGGAAAGGUGGGAAAUGUGGCCCACCUCCAGUUAUUGAAAAUGGAGACCUUCUUUCCUUUCCCAUGCAAGAGUAUCGACCAGGUACAACUCUGGAAUACAAAUGCCCAAGUCUUUAUGUCCUGGAAGGAUCUCGGCGUAUCACCUGUAUUGACGGACAGUGGACAAGCCCCCCAGUUUGCCUAGUGGCCUGUACAGCAUCUGAAGAAGACAUGGCCAGAAACAAUAUUGAGCUGAAAUGGCUCGUAAGACGCAAGCUGUAUUCCAGAUCGGGUGACACUAUUGAAUUUCAGUGUAAAAAAGGAUAUUUGCAGGACCCAGCAUCUCCCCCCUUCAGAGCACAGUGUGUGGAGGGGACGUUAGACUAUCCACGGUGCAAGCUAGGAAAGAACUGUACAGUGCUUCGGAGGAUUAUGGACACAAACAAUAUCGUACUACAGUCACCAGGGUGGUUGAGCACUUCCACCUCUUCUACCUAUCGCACCGGGGAUUUUAUUUUCUUUGGAUGCAAAUGGUUGCACCAGCAAGUUUCCCACCCUGAGACAUUUAGAGCACAGUGCAUGGAUGGAGUGAUUAGGUAUCCUGUGUGUGAAUCAAAAGACGAAAAGCGACAUACCAUCGGGGAAACACUUGUUCUUCCUGCUGCAGUAAAAAUGGUUGAAAUAAUACAUGGAAGACAAUAUGGUGACAGAGUAAAAUACAUUCUUUUGUCAGCAAAUACUGUUGGAAGAUGCAUAGAAAACAUUACUAAAGAGCUGAAGAAACAGGUGUUAGAAUUAUAA